UUAUGUCAUCCUGCAGGUAAAAGGACACAGAAGAGAAGAUGGACUGGGGAAGUCUGCAGGCCGUUUUAGGAGGUGUAAAUAAACACUCAACCAGUAUCGGGAAGAUAUGGCUCACAGUCCUGUUCAUCUUCCGUAUCAUGAUCCUGGUUGUGGCUGCAGAGAGAGUCUGGGGAGAUGAACAACAAGAUUUUGUCUGCAACACGCUUCAGCCUGGGUGCAGAAAUGUUUGCUAUGAUCACUUUUUCCCCAUCUCUCACAUCAGACUCUGGGCCCUGCAGCUGAUCUUUGUUUCUACACCUGCGUUGUUGGUGGCAAUGCAUGUAGCUUACACCAGGCACGAGAAGAAAAGGCGAUUCAGAAAUGGUGAGAAAAUUGAUAUUGAAGAGCUGAAAAAUGAAAAGAUUCACAUUCGAGGCCCCCUGUGGUGGACAUACACCAGCAGCAUCUUCUUCAGGAUCGUCUUUGAAGCAGUCUUCAUGUAUGUGUUCUAUUACAUGUAUGAUGGGUACCAGAUGCCUCGCCUGGUGAAGUGCAAUGCAUGGCCCUGCCCCAACACAGUGGAUUGUUUUGUGUCUCGGCCCACUGAGAAGACCACAUUUACUAUUUUCAUGCUUGCUGUGUCUGGGAUCUGCAUGAUGUUGAAUCUGGCCGAGUUGUGUUACCUAGUGAUAAAAAUUUGCAUGAAAGAAUCCAGGAAAACAACGGUUUUAAAAUAAUUCCCUGGUUUCAGGAUUUCCUAGCUCCCCAUUUCCCUUAAACUUUCUUAGGUGUCAGAAAACAAUCGGCAAUAUUUUCACACUCAAGGAAAAGGAUAAAGAUGAAUUUCAUUCAUGUUUUAAAAAUUAUAGCCUCCCUGGGAAGCUGCCACUGAGGCAGGUUUUAAAGAUCAUGAGCUAAUUCAGUAUUCCUGCAUUCAUAAAUAGAGAGAGCAGCCUUCUGGCAGCAGCUUUUCCAAGUAUGCUUACUGCUGGGAUCCUGUUGUUGGGACAGAGUCACUUUUCAAAAAUGGGAGUGGAAAGGCCCAGGGAAGGCUCUAGUGCCCAAAGUAGGGCCAGGAAUCACAAACACACUGUGUCAGCUUCAGAGGCGAGCCAAUAACAAAGGGUUUUGGUCAAAAGUAGGGUGAAGGUUUUUUGGGGGGAACUUGUGGCCUGUUAAAAGGAAGAUGACAGGGAGGUGAUUGUGUUAAUAGCAGGUGUCCUAUUCUCCAAGUAUUCUGAAGAGCAAGGAGAGGGCCUAGGAACACAAGUACUCUAUGGCAAUGCAUGCUGUCAGCUCUGCUGGGCACCAGCAAUGGUUUUUAUCUUUUUCUCUCCUCACCUGCACUGAGGAGCAUCUCCUACAGGGUUGGGGGUGGCCAGUCUCAACUGCCUGUGAAUGUCAUUAGGUCAGUGCUGCCUCCCUCCACUCACAGGGGCUGCAGCAGUGGGAGGAAUGAAGUUUGGUUUUUCAUUCUCUUGGUCAGGUGAAAGAAAAGAUUGUCACCUUUGAGAUGGUGGGGGCAGUGCAACUGUCUUCCUCUUCCUCCCAACACUUUGUGAAGAAUCUCAGUAUAGUAGAUUUUAUUUGAUGAAGAGACUUUUUACCACCUGGCUGUGCCUCCUUCAGCUGUGUACCUUUAAAAGUUUGUUUUGGUUUUGGUUUGGGUUUUUUUCAGUAAAAGCCAAGAAAAUUUGCCGUGUUUCAUUCUGUUUGUUAUCCAAAAGAAGUGCUUCAACUUACAGCUUGAUAUGCGGUAGAUUGCACCUACCAGUGCUCCUUCCAUUAGUCCCUUUUUCCUAUCCAACCUGCACAGCUUUCCUUCAUAAAACCAUCUCCGUAUCUGAGGUACCUUUCAAGUGAGUCCAUCAAACCACUCCCAAUCUCUCUGACAAUCCAUACUGUGAGACUGAAUCACCUUUCUUCUUAUGGUAGGUCUAGCAGGAAUUACAGACAGCUUGCAGAGCUAAAAUAGCAAAGGGACCCAAUCAGAAAUGAGGAGGAAUUUGAUAUUUUUCUUAAAGUUCACAUUGCUGAGCUGUGAAUUGUUUAUUACUAACUUGAAGAACUGUGUGAGUCAGUCUGGUCUUGUCUCUCCAAAGUAGUCUCAAAAUGUGUUUUAUGCCUGUCACAAGCAGCUACACCAGCACAUACAGCAACACAGUUUAUCUCCCAAGUGCCUGCCCAGUGAACCCACUUCUAGAAAGCUGGCUAUUUCUCCUCCUUAGCUUUAAUAACUGGCUUUUCCCCCAAAUGAAUGAGUGCUAUCUCAGCUUCUCUAUUUGCAUCCAUUUCUUACUGUACCUUUAAGUUUAUCACUGUUGGAGUAAACAAAGCUGCAUGAAUUAAGACCCAUGACCCCUCACUGUGCACUGGAAGCAGACCAUAAGCAGGCUCCCAUUGCUUGUGAGCUACAUCCAGUGUUACAACUUGACUGCAGAUGGAAAUCUGUCAUCUAAGUGGGGAGCAAGAAAAGCAUAAAAACGCCAUCCUCAGAAGUAUGAACAAAAAAAGACGGAAUGUCAUUGAUAAUGAGCUGAGCUGGAAAAUUGGACUGUGAAAACAUCCUUAAUUCAACUCUAAAGAGCAAAGCUUGGCACAUAUCAGGUUUGUGCUUAGUAAAGUUCUUGCAUUGUUCCGUGUACAAGUACGAAGAGAACAAACUAUCUACACUCCCAGUGCUCUAGUAUUACAUUUAUUUUGUAACAACAGGAUUUUUAUUUUUUUUUUCUGGAAUUAUAAUUAAAGCACUCUUGUGGUGUCUGUUUUCUGUAUUACUUGUAUGUGCCCUGUAUUACCUAAGGUGUCUAAUGAAAAUCCGUUUACCAUAAUGGAAUAUGUAUGCACCAAUACUACAUUUAAUAGCCAAGGGCUACUGUAAGGAUUUUAGCCUUCUGCUGCAAGUUGGUUUUUCAGUUGGUUACAUUGCCUGUUAUCCUGCAGACUUCAUGAGCUGAUAGUGGAAGGUCACAUAUGUGACCCCUACUAGAAGUCAAAUGUGCUGCCUAAGUCAGCCUUGUACUAGCAGAACUGCAGCUGGAAAAGGCUGGUUAUAAAUAAUUUAACCAGCUCCAUAGGGGAGAGAGUUUGUUUUCCCAGCCUGCCUUUGAGUUUAACUGGAACUUGGAAUGAGACACACCAAAACUGGUAACACUAACACUAUCAGGUUAUCUUCAGCUAGCAGUUUUGCAACUAGAUUAUCACACAGGGAAAAACGAUAGAUAUAGCGAAAAUGCUUGGAAGUGGUCAAGAGAGGGCUUUGAUCCAGAGCUGCAGCAUCAGGUGGUAAUAGCUUUACCAGGAGAUAUCUGCUGUCUCUGACAUUUAUUUUCUGUGUAUAUUAAAUUUGAGUAAAUAACUGCUUUGUAGGGAAAAAAAGUUCAGAUACUUCAUAGGAGCAUAGGAAUUGCACCUAUUUCUACAUGUGCUACAUUGUGUGGUUGACCUACAAAUGGAUUUCAUACAGAUUAAAAUACAAUGCUGUGUUGGAA